GAGGGGGAGCCUUCAAAUUACCAAGGAAAAUGGUGGCCUUGUCAUUAAAGAUAUGUGUCCGCCACUGCAAUGUGGUGAAGACUAUGCAGUUUGAACCAUCCACAGCAGUGUAUGAUGCAUGCCGCGUCAUUCGGGAGCGGGUUCCUGAGGCACAAACUGGACAAGCUUCUGACUAUGGCUUAUUCCUAUCGGAUGAGGAUCCCAGGAAAGGCAUUUGGCUGGAAGCUGGCAGAACGCUGGACUACUAUAUGCUGCGGAAUGGGGAUAUUUUGGAAUAUAAAAAGAAACAAAGACCUCAAAAAAUACGGAUGCUGGAUGGAUCGGUGAAGACAGUGAUGGUGGAUGAUUCCAAAACUGUUGGGGAAUUACUGGUCACGAUUUGUAGCAGGAUAGGUAUAACCAAUUAUGAAGAAUAUUCGUUAAUCCAAGAAAUAAUUGAGGAGAAAAAAGAGGAAGGAACGGGUACACUCAAAAAGGACAGAACAUUACUACGAGAUGAAAGGAAAAUGGAGAAGCUAAAGGCCAAACUACACACUGAUGAUGAUUUAAAUUGGCUAGAUCAUAGUCGAACAUUCAGAGAACAAGGAGUGGAUGAAAAUGAAACAUUGCUGCUUAGACGGAAAUUCUUUUAUUCAGACCAGAAUGUGGAUUCAAGAGAUCCUGUGCAGCUGAAUUUGCUUUAUGUUCAGGCUCGAGAUGAUAUCCUGAAUGGUUCUCAUCCAGUCUCCUUUGAGAAAGCUUGCGAGUUUGGUGGAUUUCAAGCCCAGAUACAGUUUGGACCUCACGUAGAACAUAAACAUAAACCUGGGUUUUUAGAUCUAAAGGAAUUUCUGCCCAAAGAAUACAUCAAGCAAAGAGGAGCUGAAAAAAGAAUAUUUCAGGAGCACAAAAACUGUGGGGAGAUGUCGGAAAUAGAAGCCAAGGUGAAAUACGUAAAACUUGCACGUUCUCUCCGGACAUAUGGCGUCUCCUUUUUCCUUGUGAAGGAAAAGAUGAAGGGUAAGAACAAAUUGGUCCCCCGAUUGCUUGGUAUCACUAAGGACUCAGUGAUGCGAGUGGAUGAAAAGACUAAGGAAGUCUUGCAAGAAUGGCCACUUACUACUGUCAAGCGCUGGGCAGCAUCACCCAAGAGUUUUACUCUGGAUUUUGGGGAGUAUCAGGAAAGUUAUUAUUCUGUACAAACAACUGAAGGAGAGCAGAUAUCUCAAUUAAUUGCGGGUUACAUUGACAUCAUCCUCAAGAAGAAACAAAGUAAAGAUAGAUUUGGAUUAGAGGGAGAUGAGGAAUCAACAAUGUUAGAAGAAUCUGUUUCCCCUAAAAAGUCCACCAUCCUACAGCAACAGUUCAAUCGAACAGGGAAGGUCGAGCAUGGCUCUGUGGCGUUGCCAGCUGUCAUGCGCUCCGGUUCCAGCGGACCAGAAACUUUCAACAUUGGCAGUAUGCCCUCCCCCCAGCAGCAAGUCAUGGUUGGCCAGAUGCAUCGAGGACACAUGCCGCCAUUGACGUCAGCCCAGCAGGCCCUGAUGGGAACAAUUAAUACAAGCAUGCAUGCGGUUCAGCAAGCUCAGGCGGACCUCAGUGAAGUUGAUAACCUGCCGCCUCUUGGGCAAGACAUGGCCUCUAGGGUAUGGGUUCAGAACAAAGUCGAUGAAUCAAAACAUGAAAUCCACUCUCAGGUUGAUGCUAUCACGGCUGGAACAGCUUCAGUUGUUAACCUCACAGCUGGUGAUCCUGCAGACACAGAUUACACGGCCGUGGGCUGUGCAAUCACCACCAUCUCUUCUAACUUGACGGAAAUGUCCAAGGGCGUGAAGCUCCUCGCGGCGCUCAUGGAUGAUGACGUGGGCAGCGGAGAAGACCUCCUGAGGGCCGCACGGACGUUAGCCGGGGCGGUGUCCGACCUGUUGAAGGCUGUGCAGCCCACUUCUGGAGAGCCUCGACAGACUGUGUUGACUGCUGCUGGAAGUAUUGGUCAAGCCAGUGGGGAUCUUUUGAGACAGAUUGGAGAGAAUGAAACAGAUGAGCGAUUCCAAGAUGUACUGAUGAGUUUAGCCAAAGCUGUUGCUAAUGCUGCCGCCAUGUUGGUGUUGAAAGCAAAGAAUGUUGCCCAGGUGGCAGAAGAUACUGUUCUGCAGAACAGAGUAAUUGCUGCUGCAACCCAGUGUGCCCUCUCUACCUCCCAGCUGGUAGCUUGUGCUAAGGUGGUGAGCCCCACUCUCAGCUCCCCCGUGUGCCAGGAACAACUGAUUGAGGCUGGAAAACUUGUCGACCGGUCAGUGGAAAACUGCGUCCGAGCCUGCCAGGACGCCACAGACGACAGCGAGCUCCUGAAGCAGGUCAGCGCAGCAGCCAGCGUGGUCAGCCAGGCCUUGCACGACCUCCUGCAGCACGUCCGGCAGUUUGCCAGCCGAGGGGAGCCGAUUGGCCGCUAUGACCAGGCAACUGACACCAUCAUGUGCGUUACUGAGAGCAUCUUCAGCUCAAUGGGAGAUGCUGGUGAGAUGGUCCGGCAGGCCAGAGUGCUGGCCCAAGCCACCUCGGACCUUGUCAACGCCAUGAGGUCCGACGCUGAAGCGGAAAUCGACAUGGAGAACUCCAAAAAGCUUCUGGCGGCCGCCAAACUCCUGGCUGACUCUACUGCGCGAAUGGUCGAGGCUGCAAAGGGCGCUGCUGCUAACCCAGAAAAUGAAGAUCAGCAACAGAGACUGAGGGAAGCUGCAGAAGGUCUCCGGAUUGCAACCAAUGCAGCUGCUCAGAAUGCUAUUAAGAAAAAAAUUGUCAACCGAUUGGAGGUUGCAGCAAAACAAGCUGCAGCUGCUGCCACUCAGACAAUUGCGGCAUCCCAGAACGCGGCUAUUUCUAACAAGAACCCAGCAGCUCACCAACAACUUGUCCAGAGCUGCAAGGCUGUAGCUGAUCAUAUUCCUCAGCUGGUCCAAGGGGUAAGGGGGAGCCAAGCUCAAGCAGAAGAUCUCAGUGCUCAACUAGCUCUCAUCAUUUCCAGCCAGAACUUCCUCCAGCCGGGAAGCAAAAUGGUGGCGUCUGCCAAAGCCGCGGUACCUACUGUCAGUGACCAGGCUGCGGCUAUGCAGCUGAGCCAAUGUGCCAAGAACCUUGCUACCAGCCUGGCGGAGCUGAGAACUGCCUCCCAAAAAGCACAUGAAGCCUGUGGCCCAAUGGAAAUUGAUUCUGCUUUGAACACCGUACAGACUCUCAAAAAUGAACUACAGGACGCCAAAAUGGCAGCUGUGGAGAGUCAGCUAAAACCACUCCCUGGAGAAACUCUCGAAAAGUGUGCCCAGGACCUAGGAAGUACUUCAAAAGCUGUUGGGUCUUCAAUGGCCCAAUUACUGACUUGUGCUGCUCAAGGAAAUGAACACUACACAGGGGUGGCUGCAAGAGAGACAGCCCAGGCUUUGAAAACUCUGGCGCAGGCAGCUCGAGGAGUAGCAGCAUCCACCAAUGAUCCUGUGGCAGCUCAUGCUAUGUUGGAUUCAGCCAGAGAUGUGAUGGAGGGCUCAGCCAUGCUCAUUCAAGAAGCUAAGCAGGCCCUGAUUGCCCCUGGAGAUGCAGAAAGUCAACAGAGACUAGCUCAGGUGGCCAAAGCUGUGUCACAUUCUUUGAACAAUUGUGUGAAUUGCCUCCCCGGGCAGAAGGAUGUGGAUGUGGCCCUGAAGAGCAUUGGCGAAUCCAGCAAGAAGCUGCUUGUUGAUUCACUACCACCAAGUACCAAGCCUUUCCAGGAAGCUCAAAGUGAAUUGAACCAGGCUGCGGCUGACCUGAACCAAUCAGCAGGGGAGGUGGUCCACGCCACCCGGGGACAGAGCGGAGAACUAGCAGCUGCCUCUGGAAAAUUCAGUGAUGACUUUGAUGAAUUCCUCGAUGCCGGCAUUGAAAUGGCUGGGCAAGCUCAGACUAAAGAGGACCAGAUCCAAGUGAUAGGGAACCUCAAGAAUAUCUCCAUGGCAUCCAGUAAGCUGUUGUUAGCGGCUAAAUCUCUCUCCGUUGAUCCAGGGGCCCCUAAUGCAAAAAAUCUCUUAGCAGCAGCUGCAAGAGCUGUGACAGAAAGCAUUAACCAACUCAUCACACUGUGUACCCAGCAAGCACCAGGCCAGAAGGAGUGUGACAAUGCCCUCAGGGAACUUGAGACUGUGAAGGGAAUGUUGGAUAAUCCCAAUGAACCUGUCAGUGAUCUCUCCUACUUUGACUGCAUUGAGAGUGUAAUGGAAAAUUCCAAGGUCCUGGGUGAAUCAAUGGCAGGAAUAUCUCAAAAUGCCAAGACGGGUGACCUUCCUCUAUUUGGAGAAUGUGUGGGAAUUGCAUCCAAGGCCCUCUGUGGCCUCACAGAAGCUGCAGCCCAGGCUGCUUACCUCGUUGGCAUCUCUGAUCCCAACAGCCAGGCGGGGCACCAGGGUCUCGUGGAUCACAUCCAGUUUGCCAGGGCUAAUCAGGCGAUCCAGAUGGCUUGUCAGAACCUGGUGGAUCCAGGCAGCAGUCCGUCACAGGUUUUGUCAGCUGCCACAAUUGUUGCCAAGCACACCUCCGCCUUGUGCAACGCUUGUCGCAUCGCUUCAUCUAAGACAGCCAACCCAGUGGCCAAGAGGCAUUUUGUUCAGUCGGCAAAGGAGGUCGCCAACAGCACUGCCAACCUGGUGAAAACCAUCAAGGCUCUGGAUGGAGAUUUCUCUGAAGACAAUCGCACUAAGUGUCGAAUUGCAACUGUGCCCUUGAUUGAAGCAGUUGAAAAUCUGACAGCAUUUGCUUCCAACCCUGAGUUCGUCAGCAUUCCAGCCCAGAUCAGCUCUGAGGGAUCUCGAGCACAGGAACCCAUCCUAGUCUCAGCUAAGACCAUGUUGGAGAGCUCAUCAUUCCUGAUCAGAACUGCUCGCUCCUUGGCCAUCAAUCCUAAAGACCCACCCACCUGGUCUGUUCUUGCUGGACAUUCUCAUACUGUAUCAGAUUCAAUCAAAAGCCUCAUCACUUCCAUUAGGGAUAAGGCUCCAGGCCAGAGAGAGUGUGACUAUUCCAUUGAUGGCAUCAAUAGGUGCAUCCGAGAUAUUGAACAAGCCUCUCUGGCUGCAGUCAGCCAGAACUUGGCCACAAGGGAUGACAUCUCGGUGGAGGCUUUGCAGGAGCAGUUGACAUCCGUGGUCCAGGAGAUCGGGCACCUUAUUGAUCCCAUUGCUACAGCAGCGAGGGGAGAGGCAGCCCAGUUGGGACACAAGGUCACACAGCUGGCGAGUUACUUCGAACCCUUGAUCUUAGCCGCGGUCGGUGUUGCAUCUAAAAUUCUAGAUCAUCAACAGCAGAUGACGGUGCUGGACCAGACCAAAACACUGGCGGAAUCUGCUCUACAGAUGUUGUAUGCUGCCAAGGAAGGUGGAGGCAACCCCAAGGCACAGCACACCCAUGACGCCAUCACAGAGGCUGCCCAGCUAAUGAAAGAAGCGGUGGAUGAUAUUAUGGUCACCUUGAAUGAAGCUGCCAGUGAAGUCGGAAUGGUGGGAGGAAUGGUAGAUGCGAUUGCAGAAGCCAUGAGCAAGCUGGAUGAAGGCACUCCUCCAGAACCAAAGGGAACUUUUGUUGACUACCAGACAACAGUGGUGAAAUAUUCUAAAGCCAUUGCUAUAACUGCACAAGAAAUGAUGACUAAGUCGGUUACUAACCCGGAGGAGUUGGGAGGACUUGCUUCACAAAUGACCAGUGACUAUGGGCAUUUGGCUCUCCAGGGCCAGAUGGCAGCAGCUACAGCUGAACCAGAGGAGAUUGGAUUCCAGAUCCGGACCCGUGUUCAGGAUCUCGGCCAUGGCUGUAUCUUCCUCGUCCAGAAGGCAGGAGCUCUUCAGGUCUGCCCCACUGACAGUUACACCAAGAGGGAGCUGAUAGAAUGUGCCCGCUCAGUCACUGAAAAGGUUUCUUUGGUUCUGUCCGCGCUCCAAGCAGGGAACAAAGGGACACAGGCUUGCAUUACUGCCGCCAGCGCCGUGUCGGGCAUCAUUGCGGAUCUGGACACGACCAUCAUGUUCGCGACAGCCGGGACCCUCAACGCCGAGAACAAUGAAACCUUUGCAGACCACAGGGAGAACAUUCUGAAGACAGCAAAGGCCUUGGUGGAAGAUACAAAACUACUGGUAUCAGGAGCUGCUUCAACUCAAGAUAAACUGGCCCAAGCCGCUCAGUCAUCAGCAGCCACCAUCACCCAACUUGCCGAGGUGGUGAAGCUGGGAGCAGCCAGCCUAGGUUCUGAUGAUCCUGAGACCCAGGUGGUGCUGAUCAAUGCCAUAAAAGACGUGGCCAAGGCCCUUUCUGAUCUUAUUGGUGCUACGAAAGGAGCUGCCAGCAAGCCAGCUGAUGAUCCAUCCAUGUACCAACUCAAGGGUGCAGCCAAGGUGAUGGUAACAAAUGUCACAUCUCUCCUAAAGACAGUGAAAGCUGUGGAGGAUGAAGCCACCAGAGGCACUAGAGCUCUGGAAGCUACUAUUGAGUACAUAAAACAAGAGCUCACGGUAUUUCAGUCAAAGGAAGUGCCAGAAAAGACAUCAUCACCUGAAGAAUCGAUAAGGAUGACGAAAGGCAUCACUAUGGCAACCGCCAAAGCCGUGGCCGCUGGGAACUCGUGCAGACAGGAGGAUGUGAUUGCUACUGCAAAUCUGAGCCGAAAAGCGGUGUCUGACAUGUUAGCAGCUUGUAAGCAAGCUUCAUAUCAUGCUGAUGUUGCUGAAGAUGUGAAAGCCAGAGCUUUGCGAUAUGGGACUGAAUGUACCUUAGGAUACCUGGAUCUCCUGGAACAUGUCCUUGUGAUUCUACAGAAACCAACACCAGAACUAAAGCAUCAAUUGGCCGCUUUCUCCAAGCGAGUGGCGGGUGCUGUGACGGAGCUUAUCCAGGCAGCAGAAGCCAUGAAAGGUACAGAGUGGGUGGAUCCGGAAGACCCGACAGUCAUUGCUGAAACUGAAUUACUGGGGGCUGCAGCAUCAAUUGAGGCUGCAGCUAAGAAGCUCGAGCAACUGAAGCCAAGAGCUAAACCAAAACAAGCAGAUGAGACUCUGGAUUUUGAAGAACAGAUCUUAGAAGCAGCCAAAUCCAUCGCAGCAGCCACGAGUGCUCUCGUCAAGUCGGCAUCGGCGGCCCAGAGAGAGCUGGUGGCCCAGGGGAAGGUUGGCGCGAUCCCCGCAAAUGCUGCCGACGAUGGACAGUGGUCUCAGGGACUGAUCUCCGCUGCGAGGAUGGUGGCGGCGGCGACCAGCAGCCUGUGUGAAGCCGCCAACGCCUCCGUGCAGGGCCACGCCAGCGAGGAGAAGCUGAUCUCCUCCGCCAAGCAGGUGGCGGCUUCCACGGCCCAGCUGCUGGUGGCCUGCAAGGUGAAGGCCGACCAGGAUUCAGAGGCCAUGCGGAGACUGCAGGCUGCAGGAAAUGCUGUGAAAAGAGCAUCUGACAAUCUCGUUCGUGCAGCACAGAAAGCAGCCUUUGGCAAAGCUGAUGAUGAUGAUGUAGUGGUGAAGACAAAGUUUGUGGGCGGCAUUGCUCAGAUCAUUGCUGCCCAAGAAGAAAUGCUGAAGAAAGAACGAGAACUAGAAGAAGCAAGGAAAAAACUGGCUCAGAUCCGCCAGCAGCAGUACAAAUUCCUCCCCACAGAAUUGAGAGAGGAUGAAGGCUAAAUCCCAAAGCUGAGGUUGAGAGCCCAGGGGACGCUAUAGAAAGAACCGAACUGACAUCAUUCUAAUGGGCCAUGGGCUUCCCUGGAAACUGUCUGCAGGUGCUUAGAACAAGCACCAACAAUGUGUGUGUAUGUUCUUGUUCAUCUGUACAGCAAAAGCUGCAUGAUUGUGGUACAGUGUCCCCAUCCACCGUUCUUCCUUCUCUUCUCCUUCCUCAUUCACUGUAUCUCAGGAGAGGAUACACAUUUUAUGAACUGUUACCCCCUCUUCUCCCCACCUCAAAAAAAAAAAAAAAUCAGUAUUAUGUCAUUCUCAGACACUUGGAUUUUGUCAAUCUUUCCCCUUGGCCUGUUAUUGGGAUCUUUGGGGGAAUCUUAAUAGGAAGAAAGAAAAAACUGUUUGAGGAAAAGGCAUUCGUGUCACAGGUAUCUACCACUAUGGAGUAAAUGAUUCUUCUCCUUCUCCCGAAAAGAUGGCAGAAUUGUUUUGGACACAGUAAGCCACAAACGCAAACCAGUGUGGACUCCAGGAGGGCGAUGGGUGUCUCCCCCAUUUUGUGUUUUGGUAAUUGACUCACCUCGAAUUUUAGAAGAAUCAUUGCUCCCAAUUGCACUAGUCUGUGGGUCUGUUCUUGCCCCUUAUCUGUCAUCUUCUUGUAUGAUAUGUACCAAUUGUAUAUUCUGUGGCCCAGGAAGUGAAAUGUUUUUUGUUUUUGUUUUUGUUUUUUUGUUCUUCCUCUAGUGGGCUAAGGAAAAAGAGGCCUGUCAGACCUUGGGAAGUAAGGGAUUGUAAUCAAACCUGCAUACUUAGUUACUUUUCUGAAGCUGCUUAGGCUCACAUAAAUACAGCCAUCCAUUCUCCUGUCUAGCUAUAAGAAAGCCAUCUUUUACAAGUUAUUUUGGGGCAUUCAUCCAGAAUGGAUGAAUAACUGAUGAAGAGAGGAAUUUAGUUUUUUUGGACAGUUUGUAUCCUUGGUACUAAGCCCCUGCAUCUAAGCCUUGGGGAAAUGACUAAGUUACCAGGGAAAGAGAUAAAUGAUAUCCAAAAAUUAAUAGCAUUGUGAAGGACUUCUCAGAUCUCUUGUUUGGCAAAAGAGAGAGAGGGUGAAUGGAGAAUUGCUCAGUGCCUCCUCCUCCUCCUUCCUCUUCUCCCAUCUCUAGGUCUUUCCCUGAAUCAAACUACUGCAUUCUCAGAAGAAGUCAUUUUCCAGAUUUAGAAAUUCAGUUGUUUAGGUGAGUCAAGGUGAGAAAUAAUUCCCAAACUCCAUCUCCUUGAUUGAGCAUCAGUAUAAACUAGGUUAUCGUUUUGGAACUUUCUAUAACUUUCACCUUAUUUUUUUUUACUUCCCCCUUACCUAAGUCCUUUUUGGAAUUUUUUUUUUUUUUAAUAUAGUGCUUCAUAAGGUACUUCACCAAUUCCCUGAAUUCCCAAGAGUAUUCUGAUGCUUCUGUUAAAGAAGGUACAUGUAAGAUGAGCCAGUCAUCCUAAGCAGAGUCUUUUGUAAAGUUAAUGGAGGGAUAUGGUUUCCAGAAGCUGCUAGUCGGACAAAGCUCUCACCCUCUGCCUCUUUCCUGGAGAGUGUUAGCUUUAUUUCCCUCUCCUUCCUUGCUGUCAUUGGCUCUGCAUGAUAUGGAGUGGAAAGUUCACUUAGAAUGGGAAAAGAUGGGCUUUCUAGCCUUCAAAAGGCUUCACUGUUAGAUUGCAAUGUAUUUCCAGAUGAAUCAACUAUAGGCAGACCCCAGUCCUGGCCCAUCAGUCUUGCCAUCCUUGCUCCUGAAAUCUUGUUAAUUGACUUCAGAGCAAUCUCAUAGUAUUCAAGUACCGUUUAGCUAAUGAAGACUUCCCCUAUUUAAGAGACUUGCAUGCACUAUACAUAUCAGGGAAGUUUUUUAGAGACUAGUAGAAACUUAAAGAUGAUAGUAUUUAGGUUUGAUUUUGGUUUUGUUUUAACUUGAGAAUGUGUAUGGGGAAUUGGGUUGAGAAGGCAGUGGGCUUAAUCCAUUCCCCAGAAUCAGUGAAUAGAUAGAACUGUGGCAUCUCAGGAAAAGGUAAAGAGCUCACAGAGUGUGGCAGCUGGUCUGUGUGGAUGCUGCCUGGAGCUUGCCCCAUCUCUGAGCCUCUUCAGGGCUCCUCUCAGGGGAAGCCCCCCUUGCUACGCUCCUGCCUCCCACAUGUGGUGAUGAUGGUGAAGAUUGUUCCUCCAUGUCACACAGUUUAGUGAGAGGAGUCUGAAAUAUCAAUAGAUCUUUUCUAAUGUAUUUGCUUUAGGAAACUGGCAGAAGUGAAUAAAUAAAAGCCAAAUUCUUUGCAGCUAUGAGGAACAGGAAAGAAAGACGAAGUUUAUUUUUGUAGAGUCUAAAUGUCCCCUUUGUCAGGGUUUGCUGCUGCUGUUACCCUUCUGGAUGCUUUUUUUUUUUUUUCAGAAUAGAUUAUUCCAUGCAGUGUAGCCUUAGCUGCUGCUUUCCUCUCUUAGCAUGUAUGUAGCACACACACACACACAAAACACCUUAUGUGAGUAACUUCAUUUUGGGCGAUUAGAUGUGAGCUGUUUUAUCCAUAAAAUGGUAUAUGGCUUGGUGGUAGGUUUAGACAUUCUUAGCAGUUGUUCCCUCUAGAUCUUACCUCUUAUAUUUUUAAGAGAGCAUCUUCCUCUCCCUAAAAUUCAGAGUUUUCUGAAAGACAGUAUCUCCAAAUAUGAGUCUUUGUUCCAAGAAAUCACUUUCUUUUCAUAAGAUCAUAGCUAUACACAGAGGGGGUCCUUAAAUCUUUGAGUUCUGAACCCCUUUGUCACUUUGAAACUUCUAGACCCCUUCUCAGAUUGUUUAUUAAAUAUGUAAAAUAAAAUAUAUAGGAUUACAUAAGAAAUUGAAAUAUAAUUAUAAAAGUUUACAAUCUGAGCUUAAAAACCCUGACUUAAUCCAACUUCCCACUCCUUAUUUUACUAGGAGAAAAUUAAGGCCAAAAGAGGGAGAGAUGAAGUGAUUUGAUGAAAGUCACAUAGCUGGUAAAUAAUAGUGAGGACUCGGGUCCAAGUCUCCCGAUUCCAAAUCCGAUCUUGACAGUUCUGUCAACAAGGAGGUGAUAAUCAAGGCUCUCUAAAUAUCUGGUUUAGACAAGGGUCACCCAUAGAGAUAUAAACAAGAUUAGAUUGCCUAUUAAAUGUGAGAUGUGCUGGUCUGGCUUUUUUUUUCUUAUUUAGGACCUAGAGUUUUAUUUUGAUCCCUAUAGUCCAAAGGCCUGCCAACUGAAAAGUUGUUGUUGAGUAUUUAAGAAGUCACUUUGGGGGCAGCUAGGUGGUGCAGUAGAUAGAGCACCAGCCCUGAAGUCAAGAGGACCUGAAUUUAAAUCUGUUCUCAGACACUUCCUAGCUGUGUGACCCUGGGCAAGUCACUUAAUCCCAAUUGCCUCAGAAGAAAAAGAAAAAGUCACUUUGAAAUGAAUAACAGGAAGCAACUUAGUGUUUCUCUUUGUAAAAUGAUCUCCAUUGCUCCAAAACUGAACUAGGCCCAGAGAUGAAACUGAUCAGUAAGAUAAGAUACCCCAAGAUAAUCUGAUUUUUUUUGCAAAAAGAUAUUAGGGCAAAGGGCUAAAAGGUCCAAAAGUCACAGGUACUAAAUGUUUUAUCUUCAGUCAUAGACUUUAAUUAUUGAUUCAUCUCCUAAUCAAUACCAAGCAUCAGUGCAUAAAAUAGAGGAAAACUGGAAACUCAUAAAGUAUAGCUUUUUGAAAUUUGGACUUUAACAAGGUGAUAGGAAAUGUUAGACCAGCCGUGAUAGGUCCUGAGCCUCUGCUCUGCUUAGAGUCCAGCCUAAGAAGUACACAUCUUAAGCUUCUUUACAAACUAAUUUCAUAGAAGAAAUGAGAUUUAUAGAAAUUAACUCUUAAUGGCAUCUUAUAUUUGCAAGUACUGGUUUUCUGAGAGUGUGCUCUUGUUAAUAUGUACCCAGUGAGUGUAUGGACAAAACAAAUUUACAAUCUUCUUUACCAUCACCAACAAGAGAGAAAAACCACACAAAAAUCUAAAAAUUUAAAAUCUAAAAAAAAAAAAAAUUUAGAAUUUGGGUUCUAUUGUGAUACUAUGAUCUGUAAGAUUUACUAUUAGAUUUUUAAUUUCUCUCCUGUGUGUGUGUGUAAGAGAGAGAGAAUGACUAUGAGAAUGUCUGUGUCCGUCAGAGGCAUAUGCAGAGUUGCCAGCUGGUAUUUCUAGUACCACUGACUAAGGUACCUCACUAGAAUUUGGACUAUAGCCCCCAGGCCCAGCUUUUAGAAAUCCCUUGCAUCCACUAACUCAAAAUGUCCUGUCCAGCCUCCCUCUCCUAAUCAAAGAAAUGGUUUUUCCUUGGGUGUCUCCCAGAACCUUGUGCCUUCUUCUUAAUUAAGUUUCCUGUCCAUAUUGUUGCACUGGGCCAUUUUUAAAUUAGCAGAAAGGGAAAGGUGCAAAAUCAUUCUCCCAAAGGAGAUUUAUGUAGUUAGUAUAUAGACUUGAAAGAUGGGGUUAAUAAUCUUCCACCUUUAGUCAUGACUUUUUGUCUAUGCUUUAAACCAAAUUUCUAGAUUAAAAUAAAGAUGUAAUUUAGAUUAUACUCUUAUAAUAAGGGCUCUUCUAGAACCCAAAGAAGAAGAUAACACUGGAAACACAAAUAAAAUAUCUCUACAGCCUUAGAUACAAACAGCUUAAAUUUGUGUAUUUGUUCAGAGUAAAAGCUGGAGCACUUAUUGAGCCCGGUCGCUCCAUAUAAGGGCUAGUCUUCUUUGUGGUGCAGUAUAAAGACGUGUAAAGACAGAACAAGAUAGUAGGAAACUUCACUGAAUUCAGCUUUGUGAAUUAUGGAUUACAGCCUGAGUUAUCUUUCCCACUACUUAAUUUUAGUUUUGUUUUUCAGUAAACAAGCAUUUUUCCCCCUCUGUCCUACCGUUUUAUUGAAUAAAUUGUAUUUAUUGAGGAAGGUAGGGGGUGGGAGUAAGAAGAAUACCACAAGGGGUGAAGAAAUCCAAAACCUUUAUAGAUGAGCAAAGUCAAAAAUCAAUCCCCAAUUGAUCAGGACCAAAAACUAUCAUUCUCUAUCCGGAGGUGGGCAGCAGACUUCAUUAAAAGUUCCUCUGGAAUCAUGUUUUCCUACUAUCUAGUGCAAAUUAUCUUUCCCACUCUCCAUCUGGGAAAAAAAAUGGCACCGCUGCUAGUUUUGGAAUUCUGGAAGGUGAAAAUGAAUAUGCAAUAUAUAGAUUUCUCAAGUUUUAAGUUCAUAAAAGUCUCCAAGUCCCCAUUUCUCUGUGGUAUCUGAGUCUCUCUGCUUUAGAGAAAUAUUGCAAGUAAAUUAAAUGUCUUCUCCCUGGGAUUGGGCCAAACCUCCCACAGACUUUGCAUUCUGGGUUAAUGGACUAAGAUGCUCUUGACAUCCCAUAAGAUUCCUACCCUUCACUGGCUCCAUCUUUCUCCCUCUAUAAAUGGUAAUGUGUUAUGUCGUUAGAAAUGGACUUUAUGUUGAUUUUUCUUAAAAAAAAGAAAACACUAUGAAGGGAUUUUUUUUCUAAUUGAAGUUCAACCCUUUUCUUGCUGUGAAUCUGCUUCCUUACCUUUCUUACAAGCAUCCAUGUUUUAAAUGCUGAACCUCGGACUCAAUUGUUCCAGGGUGUAUGAGACAGGUUUUUGCUUGGCAGCUUGCCUUCUUCAGGCUGCGAAUCCAGAAGGAAUCAGGAAUGGUCCAUCCCUGAUGUCAUAGUGUCUGUAUGCUAUUUAUCUGGCCACAGAAAUUAUUUUUUUGUAUUCACCAGAAAUAAACUUUUAAAGAAAUGAA